GUGAGUGAGUGCAUGCGCGCGCGGAGCCGCUCUAAGUGCUGACGCUGACUGUGCGGGUUCAAGCAGGAGCCGGGAGGAGGACUGCGCGGGUUCAAGCAGGAGCCGGGAGGAGGACUGCGCGGGUUCAAGCAGGAGCCGGGAGGAGGACUGCGCGGGUUCAAGCAGGAGCCGGGAGGAGGACUGCGCGGGUUCAAGCAGGAGCCGGGAGGAGGACUGCGCGGGUUCAAGCAGGAGCCGGGAGGAGGACUGCGCGGGUUCAAGCAGGAGCCGGGAGGAGGACUGCGCGGUGCGGGAGCUGAGUGCCUGCGGCAGAGUCCGAGCGCCAUGCUGCUGUUUGUGGAGGUGACCACUAAGGGAACUGGUCUGAAUCCUCAUGCCAAAGUGUGGCAGGAAGCGUCAGCUCCUCUCCCCCAGAACACCGAGGAGGCCACGGGAGCUCCUGAUUGGCCACAGGAAGACCACACCCCCUCCCAACACCUGGGCGGAUGUAAAGGAUACGGUGCUGUGUAUGUAGACUCCGCCCCUCCUGUAGACUCCGCCCUGCUGAACGGUGUCGACCUGACAGAACUGGAGUACUCCGCAUAUGAACUGGUGGAGGAAGAGCUGUCUGAGGAGAGUCUGAAGGAGUCCCUGAAGAAACAGCUGGAGUUCUGCUUCUCUAGAGAGAACCUGUCCAAGGACCUGUACCUCAUCUCUCAGAUGGACGGUGAUCAGUUCAUUCCCAUCUGGACCAUUGCCAACAUGGAGGGGGUGAAACUCCUGACCUCUGACCUGGCCCUGAUUGUGGAGGUGCUGAAAGAGUCUCCCAUGGUCCAGGUGGAUGAGAGAGGGGAGAAGGUUCGGCCCAAUCACAAGCGCUGCAUCAUCAUCCUCAGGGAGGUUCCUGAGAGCACACCUGUGGAGGAGGUUGAGGCUCUGUUUAAAAGUGAGAAGUGUCCUCGGGUCAUCAGUGUGGAAUUUGCUCACAAUAACAACUGGUACAUCACCUUCCAGUCUGAUACUGAUGCUCAACAGGCGUAUAAAUAUUUGCGGGAGGAAGUGAAAACGUUUCAGGAGAAACCCAUCAUGGCUCGCAUUAAGGCCAUAAACACCUUCUUUGCGAAGAACAGCUACGGCGCCGUGGACUCGGCCGUGUUCACAGGAAGCGCUCAGUCUCAGUACUCGUCUCCGCUCUACCUGCAGCAGGUGUUCCAGCCCCAGCAGUAUCCAAUCUACAGCCUCCUCCCACACUCCUGGAACCCGUCGCCGUUGCCUUACUUCGAAACGCCGCUGGCUCCAUUUCCCAACGGAUCCUUUAAUGGUUUCAGUGGAGCAGGAAGCUACAAGAGCGGCUCGUCUCCCGUCGGCGUCCCCCGUCACUUCCCUCGCAACCGGGGCCAUGUGAAGAAGCUGUCGCGUGCUGAUGGGUCUCAGUCAGAUGGGUUCUUGGGCCUCAGCGGUACACAGAUCCCCCGGAGCCCCGGCGCAGGACUGAACUUGGACUCCAUCACCUCUUCAGACUCUCCACUGUCUCCCAGUGAGAACGGAUUCAACGACCCGGGCAGGGCCAGGAGAGGAAGUUACCGUGGUCUGAGGCGCAGGAGAGAAGACGAGCGAACGAGGCCCCUCCCUUCAAGUGAGGUCAAAACCCCGCCUCCCAAGUUUGACCUGGCGACUUCAAACUUUCCUCCCCUGCCAGGGGGCGUGGCUGGGCCACUGUCUGGAGGCGUGGUCACACUGACGGAGAGUGUUCUGGAGACCCGCAUGGCUGAUGUGGUGAAGGGCUUGAACAGGGACAAGUUGGACAGCAGUAAACAGGAAGUGAAUAAAGAUUCCCAAGCUGCUCAAGAUGAUGUGCCAUUUCCUGUUCCUGCCACGCCUACAUCCAUGCCACAGGACACGCCUAGCUCCAGUAUUUCUCCUCAGGUGAAGGACCCAGAUGCCACGCCUAUCCUCAGUCCUGCUCCACUCAUCACUACUGCUGCUGCUGAGCCUAACUCCGCCCACAGCCCCACACACUCCACGCCCUCCAGCACACCUGUACAGGAGCCUCGGAAACUGAGCUAUGCUGAGGUGUGUCAGAAACCCCGCAAAGACCCGCCGCCUGCACCCGCACCCUGUCCGAGCCCCAGCCCUGACCCCGCCCAGUCUCCGCCCGCCGUCAGCCAGCCACUCCGUGAGCUCCGAGUGAACAAAGCCGAUCCGGAGACGAGCCGUCCUGCUGAGAAGGUCUGCGAGGGAAGACCUCUGCGUGAGCAGUACCGACGCAGCAGUACUGUCAAGGGGGCGGGGUUUAAGCUCAGAGAGCAGCAGAGACGGCCUCCUCCGGGACGAAGCUCCUCCCCUCACACAGGGUACAACAACCGGCGCAUCGGGAAAGAACAGAACAUCCCGCCAAGGUCGCUGAAGUGAUGGAGUGCACACUUUACACAAUCGUCAUAGAAACAGCUAACGUAAAGUCCACAGGAUAUAUAAAAGUGUAAAAUUAUAAAACUGCACGACUUCUGGGACAAACAGACGGCCAACGCGAAACACAUCACUGUGCAAACUAUUUACGUAUAGCUGAGGGGAGAUGAAGAUGGGACGCGACCUCAGGAGCUGUAAAACCUGGUGGUGUUUGGUUUUUUUUUUUUUUUUUUUUUUUAAGGGGAGAAAAAAAUGUGAGAGACGUCAAGAACCAAAUGUCAGUUUUCCUCCUGUUAACAAGACACUAAGCUCUUUAAUGUCCUGUUCAUUUAACAUCACAGAGGUGCCAAUAUUUAUGCUGUACAACUGUAGCACUUUGGAUUGGUUGCUAUGGCGAUACAAGGGGAUGCCUGAAAAGGUGAACGUGAGUGAGUAUGGCUCAGUGGGGGGUGACGGAUGGUGGACGUGUGCUUCUUUUGAUGCUUCAAGUGAACUUUGACCUGUGACAUCGUGAGACAAGAGUAAACAAGAAGGUGGGACUUUAAUAAACGGAUAAACAAUGUGCUGUUUAUUCUUACAUAUAUAAGGAGCAUCUUGCUGAACGUUUGCCUCGCUGUUCUGUGACUCACGUUAACAGUCACGUCUCCCAGAAGGUGUUGGGUUUUUUGUGCCCCCCCCCCCCGUUUCUUUUUCCUCUUGCUGUGAAUUUCUUGCUAGCUCUGUUGGUCUAUAAAUCUCUCUCGUAUCAGAAGUUCAUGUGUUUGAUGCACAAUUUUUCAGGAACUAUGUGAGAAUUGAUUUUCAUCUCUUGGAUUUAAAACGCUUUUAGAGAAACGGCAUUAACGAGCGCACGCAGACAAGUUAUUUAUUUACUCACUCUCUGGAGGCUGUUUAUCAGGAUGGAAGGAGGAAGUCAGUGUGAUGUGACCCUUGGAGUGAACCGUAGCGUGACGGUUUUAGUUGCAGCUUGUCCAAUUCCCCAACCUCAUUGUGUUCCGAGUGUAAAUGUGAGGGGCGUGGCCACAUGUCGAAUACAUCACGAUAUUUUCUUGUGUUUUAAAACCACUUCAGUGCUUUUUCUUUAACAUUUUAAAUGAUAAUGAAGACUGUGUUUGUACAGUGACAGUUUAUCAUGGUUUCGAGGCUGAGUAUCCGUGGAUCUCCUGGAGCCAACCCUCCUGCUGUCUCCUGUGGGCGUGGCCUGUCCUGCAUUGUGGGGUGUUUUUAAAUGUUCAGUAAGAAACAGUAGCUGUAUGUAGCUUCUGAAGUUAACUAGUUUAACACACAGGUCAAUUAUCUGAUUUUAUUUUUUAACAAAUUUAUAUAUUAUCAACAAAUACACAGAUGUAAUGGUGCACAUAAUGAAUUACAAUGUAAUAAUUGUGAGCAACUCGUAGUGAAAUGAUGCUUGUCUUCCUGAUCUCGCGUCUUUAUUCCACAUUAUAUAAAGGAAUCCGUUCUCUGCUGUAUAGUAAUGUAAUGAAGCUUUCGUGUGUGUGCUGUCUGUGAUUGAACCAGUGUGUGUUUAAUGGAUACAAAUUGUGUGUGUGUGUGUGUGUGAGAGAGAUUGAUUUUGAUUUUAUGGGGAAAUCAUUCAUAUGAAUUUAUGAAUCCUUUUGUCCAUGAUCCAACUCGGAGUUGGGUUAAUUGUAUUUCCUCUGAGGUUAUUGGUGUGUUUGUGUGCGUGCGUGUGUUGCACGUCCUGACUUUAUAAACACACAAUCGUUAUUUUCUCAUGGUGUGAAACAUAAACGGCACAAACUCCAGACCAAAGUCCAAUCAGCAGAGAGACAAUCUCAGGAAACACUGUUUAACUGCAGUGACUCCCCGACCCCAUGACCUCUGACCCUCAUUAGUGCUUGAUGUUGAAGCAUUGUGUGUGGUUGCUGAAGUGUGUAUGUGAGAGAGAAUGUUAAAACGUUCUGAAGGAGAUUAAGGCUACGUUUACAUUAGACCGUAUCUGUCUCAUUUUCUUCGCGGAUGCACUGUCCAUUUACAUUAAACCACCUGGAAACGCCGGGAAACGGGAAUCCGCCAGCGUCCACGUAUUCAAUCCAGAUCAUAUCUGGUCCGGUGCUGUGUAAACAUUGAGAUACGCGAAUACGCUGUGCUGAGCUCUAGCUGGCGUCCUCAUUGGACAACGUCACUGUGACAUCCACCUUCCUGAUUCGCUGGCGUUGGUCAUGUGACGCGACUGCUGAAAAACGGCGCGGACUUCCGCCUUGCAUCACCUUUCAUUAAAGAGUAUAAAAGUAUGAAAAUACUGAUGCAAACACUGCCCAUUGUGUAGUUAUGAUUGUCUUUAGGCUUGCCAUCCUUCCACUUGCAAGUAGUAAGUGAUCUGCGCUGGGAUCACACACACAGCGGCUCAGUCCCGAAUCACUGCUUGUGCACUUCACUCGCGCGCUGUGUGAGCUGCGCAGGGCCGGAGUGCGCACCCUCCAGAGGGCACUCGCUGUUCAGGGCGGAGUGAUUUGGAGCGCAGGAUGCCUGUGGAGCUGAGCGUAUCCGUGUAUUGGUGUUGCUGUGUGCAUGGCUAACGGUUUUAGUGUAAACGCGAAUCGUUUUAAGAACGUUAAUCUGAUGAUCCGCUGAUUCGACGUAAUGUAAACGUAGCCUAAACUUGUUCCCACACUUAGGUUUUUCCUUUUUGUUUAUUUAGUAUUCUGUAUUUAUUGUUACUUUAAGUAUUUUAUGUCUUGUAUCAGUCUGCUUGUGGUUUUUUUCCCCUUCCUUCUUUUACUCAGUGAUUGAUGUAGGCAUUGUGCCACUAUAUAUAACUUUUUUUUUUUAAUUAAGUUGGACUGAUCAGUUUGUGGUGUAACUCUACACUUUGAUUUUGUUUAGCUUUGUAUUAUUUUAGGUUUCUAGUAGCAGGAUUGCUAGAAUAUUAUUUUCCCUUAUUUUCUAGGUUUUUAAAUUUGUUUGUUUUAAAUGGAGGCUAGCGGCUUGUGCCUGAGUAAAAUAUAUUUAACACAAAAUGAAGCGUUAAAACAGACAAAAAAAGAAACAAAAUAAAUGAUGAAAUGAA